AAUUGGAGACGUUGCUGUGCUACCAGUCAAUACCAACAAAUAAAACAGCCUGCUCAGAUGGAGAAUCAUGAAUUUAUUUUGCCUGAUGUAAUUCAUUAAACUGUUGCUUAUGCCCAUUUAUCAUAAUCAAUCAAAGGGCAGUUGAGCCAAAAGAGCAAUUUAGAGCGCUACAGAGUUAUGCCAUUGCUGAGUCCAUAAUAAAUUUGAGGAAGAUUAUAUAAGGCAAUAUUGAACCUUGGGGUACAUUCUCUGUCAGACUGUAAUGAAUCAUUCAUUGCUUAAGAUCUAUAUUUUACAAAUCAGUGACAGAUGAAAACAGAUGAAUGAAUAAGGUGUGAAUGCGAGUUACAGAGGUUAAGCAAAACAGCUGUUGUGUGAGACACUGAUUGUUAAGCACUCAAAAUAAUAACACUUUUUUUUAACCCACUGAACAUUUCAGUUGAAUGCAUGUACCAUAAAUGAUUAAAUAAAACUUUGAGGUGAACUCAACAAACCAAAAACAUACUUUUACCAUGGUGGUGACAAAUUUUGGUAGGUGCUAUAUAAUAGGCAACUUCUUGCUCUGGGCAGACUUUGGAUCCCAGCACUAUUGAUUAUGAGUAACACCAGAUGCCAGAGUUGGAUGAGAAAUGGGCAGUCAGAGGAUGGAACUGAUGAGUGUGCCACGAGGAGGUUAUUUGUCUUUUGGACAGGGAAUUGUGUCAAGACUCACAACCCUCAAAAUCCAUCAGAAUCUCACUGUCCAACAGACUAUAUGUUCAUUAAAACAAAUGAUGACAUUUUCAUUUGAAGAUGCUGUUAAAUGAUCCUGUCCACUUCAAGAUUUUGUUUCUUGAGCAAAGUCUUUAAAACAUGACCAUAAAUACUUUAUGGUCCAAUCAUUGAUCUAGAGCACAAAAUAAUAACAUUUCUAUCCAUUUUUCAAUAUCGGUGUAAAAUAAUGCUUUCCAGGGUAAUCUGAUCCCAGAAUCUGUUCUAUUUUUUGGCAUAGAUCUAAUUAGUAAAGCAUGUAUUUCAAAGCCAUACAGAGAUUGCCCACCCUUGCUGCUACAAAAUAGGCAACAAUGAUCAUUUUCAGCUUAUUUUCUAGUCAGGCCUGCUGAUACCCCACACAACAAAUGGCCCACAGUCCCACCAGAGACACGCUGCAGCUGCCGUGCUGGUGCGUCUUAGAUCUUCAGGACUACGGCGAUGUUUUGUCCCACAUACAUGCAGCAGCUUUGUAAUUUAAAAAAGGCCUCACAAUAAACCCUGCAUGUGAUCCAGUGGUAGAAAAGCCUUCCUGUGGGUCUGAAUUAGUGUUCUUGGACUUGUACCCAGAGUCCUUGCAGCCAAAUCAAGUCAAGAGAAGAAUUUUCUUUGCUGCCAAACACCAGCAGAGGGGGAUGUGCUCAAGUCAGGAGGAGCAAGUGAAUGUGUCAGCUGUGCCGGUUGAAGCCUCAGAAGCUUCCUUGCAGCCACACCCUGAUAUAAGGCCACGUACUGACAAAGCCACAGUGACGUGUGCAAGGAUGUGUAAUAUUUAUCUGAACAAGAGCAUUGUUCACAGCCCGCUGCACUUGAAACAUUUCAUAUAAGCUACUUUACAACACAGUCAAAAUACAAGAUGUGUGUUGUCUCAGGGUUAAAUAGUCAACUUGUGUUUAUAAACAUGACAGAUGGAAAUAGUGACAAUUAAAUAUUGCUUUACAUAAAUCAUGUCAGAUAAUAGCGCUGAGCAUGUUUGGCACGUUGAGAUUUAAAUGACUCCUUAACAGUGGUGUCAUAGAUUUUCAAAGGAUUGUGAAUUGAGGUUUUCACGUAUUGGCUGUCACUUAGGAAACAAAACUCGAAAACACUCUGCCUCAGUAGAGCUAAGUGAGCAGUGCUAAUAUUAGAGGGUUUUUUUUUUUUUUCAAAAUAAUAAAAAAACCAGGUUAAAAAUCCCUUCUGCAGGGCUUUAUGAAAUAGUCUGAGAUAAAUUAUGCACAUCCACUGGCUUUUGAUAUCCAUCCCACGGGGCUUUUUUUCUUUUCAUUAAAGCUCUAUUUUUUCCAACUAUGCAUCCUUUUUUUUCUCAGAGAAAAUGACUGGGCAAAAUCUUUUAGUUCAAAUCAGUGCAAGAUUAAAUAGCUUACCGUGUGUGCUUUUUUGAGGCUGAUGAAUGCGCACUGGCUGGGGGCUGUGAUAUUUUAAACUAGCUUAAUUUAGUAUGCCAACUUGUUGAAGUGGCACCUUGAUCUUCUCACAAUGAAAAGACUAAGGGGACCUAAAAUCAGUCAACUGUGCCCUGAGCAGGAAGACCACCCAAAAGAUAUUUUAAUGUCAGCCAACAACAGGGUUAUUUCUGGAAAAGGCAAUAUCAGUGACUUAAUGUAAGUGGCAUAGACAACCAUAUACUUAUAAAAUAACUAAUUCUCACAAUCCCCACACCCUUUUCUCUUGUUUUUAUUGUUUGUUUCUUUUUUUCUUUUGGGUCAUGUCAGUAACUUUUCCCCAGCAGUGAAAACAGCUGUCAUUUUAGGCCUAUUUGUCUGGUAAACGCAGGAUUUACAAGGGAAAAAACCAGGUUGUGUCCUCAGUUAAACGUUAUCACUAAUCCGUAAUCUGAAAGUCAGAAAGUCAUUCUCAGACACAAAUAAACUCAUAAACAAAUUGACAACGUGGCACUUUUACUGCAUUAAUGUUAAUGAUUUCUUAAUAAAGAAUGAGUAUCAAUAAUCUUGGACUUAAAUAAAUUAAUAUAGCUCAGUCUGUAUCAUCUCUCUGAUAAAGGAGAAUCAAACUCUAUGCCGCCUCUACUGUAGCCGAGUCGCAUUUACUAUCGCAGCGCAUAUCGUACAGUUUACAGUUUCAGCGCCAUGUUCCCAUCCUUUGGUAAGAAAAGAAGGGUAAUAAUAACGAUGAGACGCGUAGCUCAUCCAUAUUAGAAGAGUCUUUAAUGAACUCGGAUCGUCAGAGACACUCCUCCUGCUCCCGGCUCCCUCCGCUCCGCUCCCGUUACCAGACGAUGCGCGCGUGAAAAUUUGCAGCCCCAUCUUUAUCAGUAUCAUCGCCGUGAAGACAAAGAGAAGACCGCAAAUGAAGAUGUGCUGCACUAGCAGGAGAAGCCCCUCUUAAAGUCACUAUUACCGCAGCUGUGCCCGCCCAGAGGCAGAUAGAGAACCGGUCCUUGGAGACUCUUUGGGGAUGCGCAAAGAUGUGAGAGUGAAGAGUGAGAUGCAUUGUGAUUGGCCAUACUCAUCCUAAAAGCGUCAGGCAAGGAGAGUGAUGUUUGCUCCAGCAAAAGAGUCGAAGAGGUGGCAUCAAACUUGAAGGAGACGUGUUCAGUGUGCACAGUCGAUGCUUUCGCGGCAUUAACCGUAAACUUGCAUCAUUUCCCCAAAGAGGCGGACGCGCUUUCCGUGGUGCUGAAACAGAGACUUGGCUGAUCAACUAGUGAACAAGAGGAGGACACUCUCACUUCGUCACCUGCUUCUGAGCUUCAUUGUAUUGGGGAGCCGUGGCAAGAACUUAUUACAUUAGCAUCUGACUGUGCUGCAUCAUGCUGUGGAUGAAGUGGAAGAUGGUGGUGGACUCCCUGCGUGGACGGAGAAGGAGACUGCCCUGUUCCCUCUGGUUUGUCCUGCUGUUCGCUGCUGGAGGUCUGGUUCUCUUCAUCCACCAGCAGGCUCUGUCAGAGAUGGUCCAGCAACAAGGUCCAGAGAAUGUCACGAACAAGCAGCAACUGACGGUAACAGCUCUAAAGACCCGGCAGAGCAUCUCAGGCGUGAAGCUUGGAAGUACUCCACGGCAGUCCAGAGAGACACUUUCCACUCGGGACCGCGAGAGAGGCAAAUCUGAGAGUUUCCAGGACCUCCAAGUUACAGAAAACAUCCUGUCCAGCGCGAUCCCUCCAAUGCAGUUCCCACAUUUUGAGAAGAGCAGAAAAACUGGCUCCCCUGGGUCUCAGGAGCAGGACAUAGGUUCCCUUCAUGUCACGAAAAGACAACGCAAACUGCUAAAAACAAGUCCCCCAAUUCGACACACCAAAAAUACCAUUUCCUCAUCUUCCUCAUCCUCAGUCUCAUCCUCAUCUUCAAUUUCCUCUUCAUCCCCAAUGUCCUCCUCCAUUACAUCAGGCUUUUUUUCUCCUGAGAGCUGGCAAAAGCUCUCCGGUAUCCUGGAAGCACGCCAGCAACUGAUGAAGGAAAUCUGUGCCAAGUACAAAAGCAGCAUUUCAAAGACCAUCACACGUCAUCAUGUGAAAAGCAUCUUUGUGGAGGACAAGUACAAGUUGCUAUACUGCCAGGUCCCCAAGGCAGGAUGCUCCAACUGGAAGAGAACCCUGAUGGUGCUGGCGGGUAAGGCCUCCAACACUCAGAGUAUUAAGCAUGAUACAGUCCACUACGGGCAGCAUCUCAAGAAGCUUGAUAGCUUUGACCAACAGGGAAUCAUGCACCGUCUGCAAACCUACACCAAAGUCAUAUUUGUCCGUGAGCCCUUGGAGAGAAUGGUGUCAGCUUACCGGGACAAGUUUGAAAAUCCCAACAACUACUACCACUCCCUGUUUGGGAAACCCAUCAUUUCCAAAUACAGGGUGAACCCAUCAAAAGCAGCCCUGAAGACAGGAAAUGGGGUCACAUUUAAAGAAUUUGUCCAAUACCUGCUGGAUGUCCACCGGCCCGUGGGAAUGGACAUCCACUGGGAGCAGGCAAAUCAGCUGUGCAACCCUUGCCUCAUAGAUUACGACUUUAUCGGCAAGUUUGAAAACAUGGAAGAAGAGUCUAACUUUCUCUUGCGAUUGGCUGGGGCACCACCUAACCUCACACUGCCCAGUUUUAAAGACAGGAACCCAAGUGACAAGCGGACCUCUAUGCAGAUCACGGAAAAUUACUUUUCACAGGUUGGCGCGUUGGAGAGACAGCGAGUAUAUGACUUCUACUACAUGGACUAUCUGAUGUUUAACUAUUCUAAGCCUUUUAAAGAUUUAUACUGACUUAAGAAUUAUGUGACUGCUUCACGUCACAUUUUCAGUCACAUUCCACUACAUUUUUACCAUAACUGUAAUUUUACCAUACAAGUCCUUACUCACAUGCUCAAAUAGGUCUUUGCGUCUUAGCAGAGAGAUCAGAGAGACCAAAUUUCACUCAAAAACACUUUAAUUACAUUUUUUUACCAGAUUAUAUUGAUUUGUAGACAGUUUGUGUGCUGUUGUAUUAAAUACUCUAAAUUGUCCUAAAAUGCAAAGCAUUUAUUCACUACUAGCAGAUGGUGAGGUAGAAAUUUAAAACUGUAAACAUUAAGCUUCUAAAAAGAUUUAUUAUUGUUGAACAGGCUUUAAAAAUAUGCCUUACUCUAGGUCAGAUAGCAUUUGUAAAUGUUUGUUUAUUGUUUAAGCACCAAGUUUACCAUAGAUUUCAACCACAUACCUGAAUUUAGAAAAGCGUUCCAAGUCCCUUAUCUUAUAUUCAUAAAUGUAGUAGCUUGAGUCCUUGGUAUUCUUAAAUUGUUCACAGUCAAACCCUUUCAUGAUUUAAAAUGUUUGCAUUUACUGUUUGACCUAGGGCAAGUUAGGCAUCAAUAUACCUCUAUGUAUCAGUGCAUACUAAUACAGAUAUUUGAUGUGAAUGGCUUUACUAAAUAUAACUAAAUGAAACACUACAAAUACUAUAAAUCUUUAAAUGUGUCAAGUGCUGCCCACUUGGAAGCUGUGUGCGCCUAUUGUAGCAUUUUAUACUUCUAACUUUGUCACUUUGUGCUUUUGCCUAACACAUACAUGUGCUGUAGGUCCUUCAUCAAUAGGGUGUCUAAAUGCAGGGUAUAAAGUGUUGCUAUCAAUAUCUAUUAGUGUUGCUGAUUUACCAGUCGAUGGUAUUGGAAAUUUAAAAAAAAAAAAAAAUACAGGCUAAAAACAAAAAACAGAUAAACACUUUUUUCAUAUUACAUAUGACAUUUUUCAGUCAUGUACAAUUUGGACUUUCCAGCAAGAAACGGAUAACGAGUUUGCCUAAACUUCUUUAUCUGCCACUUUAACCACCUCAUAAUAUUAUAAAGCAACCCAUCCCCUCUGUAUAUAUCAUAGCUAUUCAAUACCAACAUAUAGGCUUUUUUCUGACUCUACUGUGUAAAAUUGUAUAAUGGGCAUUCAGAUGAAUAUAUAUUUUUCUAUGUAUUUCUAAAAUAUAAAUAUAUAUAUAUAGAUAUAUAUAUUCAGUUCUUCUUGGUGAUGGUUAUUUCCUUUUUGAUGUCAUUUGUUGUUCUUUCAGUAAUAUCAGUGUAGAGUGUUGUGUAACUGAAGAGUUUCUUUCCAAAACAAAAUAUCCACCAGCUGAAAACCAACACGUCUCAAAAAAAUUGAAAUGACUGCAAACUAUUGAUGCAGCAUUUAAAAAGUGCAAAUAGCUAUGUUUGAGUGAUGAAUUGAUCUUCUUUGGUGCUUUGGAGUUAGGGUAAGAUUUUGUUUAAUAUAAAUGGAUAUGUACAAUUUUGGAAAUUAGCUCUUUGAUUAUUUAUCCCAGAUUCAUUUUGAUGCUCAAUGGGAUAAUAGACCCUGUACAAAUGAGCUGCAUUCCACCUAGUUAGCCAUCCAAGCUGAGGACAUUUUUACCCAUAGCAUACCCAUGCUGUGUGUUUAUAUGUGUAGUACUGAACUACCUGUUUAGAUGUUUUUAACCCCACCGCACAUCUUUUCAUAAAAAUAUAUACACAAGAAAGCUGCAGCUAUCGUAUCCUUUGUGCAACAUGGCUAAACUGCUAUUCCCAACACACAACCCAACUGGCAAGUCAUGUUGUUCUUUUCUUUCUUUCUUUUUAAUAUGCAACAUGAUGCAGAUCAGACUACAUAUAAUGUGCACUAGUUAAAACUGCAAAAAAAAAAAAAAACUGCAGUUUUUAGGUCCUAAGCAAUCAGAUAUUUAAACAUGUUUUAGACUUUCAGACAUGUUAAAUACAGGACCAGUGGAACAAAAUGUUGUGAGGUUAAAUACUCCAGGUUUUCAUCUGAGUUAAAAAAAAAAAAAAAACAUGGAAAUAUUAAAUAUAAUAAAUGUUGAGUUUAAUGUAACAUAAAACCCAGACAAGGAUUCAAAGAAUUAAAAUUUAGUUAAAAUCAACUUGGUUUACUGUUUCAUCUUUAAGCUGUGAAAUGGUAAACAUGCCACAACCAGAAGUGAUUACAAAUGGUGUAUAACACACCAAAAUAAACACUUGAUUAAAGAAAAAGUCAUUUUAAUGCCAUCGAAGGUAGAUUUAUUAGAUUCUCUGAACAACCUAUGGGUAAUCUCCAAUAAAAUAGCAGUUGCUGUUUAGCUCUGUUAUGUCCUUUGCAGCUCACUGGAAAUUUAUUUUAUGGUAACAAAAGUUGUAUUUGCCUAGAGAAAAGAGGGAAGUCAUAUUAUUCAAAUCUAUACACUCUAUAAUACUUUUUUAAGACCUUUAAUAAUUUUGGUGAUGGUAACUGUAUGAACUUUUGUCAGUGUAGUGUUGGCUUUUGCAAUGCCAAAAUCUAACCUUUGUUUAGGUUCUGGUCAAAAUCUAUGUAGGUGUAGCCAAUCUUUGGCCAAAACAGCUAAUGCAUUAUGAUGAGUAUUACUUUUGUAAAUACUCUGUCAGUCCCUGCCCCCCUUCUAAAGAAGAUUUCUUGGUUUUGUGGGUAUACGGACAGAUCAAAAGCAUAACUACAGUAACAAGUGAAUGUAUAACAGUUUAUUGUUGGUGCAAAUCUGUAAAAAAAAAAAAAAAAAAAAAAAAGAUUAUCUUAAGCCCUUUGCCUUAUUUUACACUGCCAAUCAAAUGGUGUAUUUCAGGAAGAUAUUUUUCAGGAGGUUAUUUCUGGCUGAUGAGUGUCUGCUAAUAAACUGUCUUUUAGCAUU